CCGCGCACGUUCUAGGUCCCGGGACCGUGAGCUCCCCGGCUGCUUCUACCCCUGGACAGGGGACUGGACGGAGGAGCCACCCUGAGCGCCCCUGGAAGGACGCCACGGCUCGGGAAGGCGCUUAGAGAAGAGGGACGGGUGUGCGGAACAGGCAGGCUGUUCUGCCUAGCAUCCCCCCCCGCUAGACCCAGCCCGCGGAUGGAGAGGACCCCCCCUGGCGGCGCAGGCCCGGUGCACGUGCCGCUGGGGCACAUUGUGGCUCGUGAGAGGUGGCGGGGGUCCCAGCUGGCUCAGGAGAUGCAAGGGAAAGUUAAGCUCAUGUUUGAGGAGGGUCUGGCACUGGCAGACUUUUACCUGUCCAGCAGGUCUUGCAUUCUCUAUAUCACGGAAGCGGAUUUGGUGGCCGGACACGGCUACAGAAAGAGGCUUGUUCGUGUUAGAAAUUCUGGACAUCUUCAAGGGAUCGUAAUAGUUGAAAAAACCCAGAUAAGUGAACAGUACUUUCCGGCAGUCCAGAAGUUUACUGUGCUCGACCUCGGGAUGGCGUUGCUCCCAGUGGCCAACCAGUUGGAAGCAUCCUGCCUCAUUAUCCAGUUGGUCCAAGAGCAAACCAGGGAGCCCAGCAGGAACCCUUUCCUCCGGAAGAAGCGGUGUGCGCUCCCCGAGCUGUCCCUUGUUCAGACUGUGCAGCAGAUCCCAGGGGUUGGGAAAGUGAAGGCGCCUCUUCUGCUGCAGAGGUUUCCCACCAUCCAGCAACUGAGUAACGCGUCCGUCCGAGAACUCGAGGAGGUCGUGGGACACGCGGUGGCCCGGCAGAUCCACGCCUUCUUCACCCGACCUCACUGACGGGCAGCCCCGCCCCGCAGCCAACUUUGCCUCCUUUAGACGACCGGCCAGACUUGAAAAGGACAAGGAAAGCCCUCCCCUCGGUGGCCACAAGAGAAAGGCAGGGCGAGGACCCGUGGAGCUCUCAGGCCACCCUGCCUUGUCCGUCCGUCCGUCCGGGAAGCGGCUCUACGGGGCCCUGGGGCUGCGGUGGCGCCGCCCUACUUUCUGCUGAGAUGAAAAGGAUCCCGUGGGGAUCAUCCAGAGGGUGUCAGACUCAACCGCAGCCAGCUCGAGGUUUGUCCAGCACCUUCCCCUGCGUCUGCCAUUGAGAGGUCCUGGGAGGUUCCAGGCGCUGCGUGCCAGGGGCUGGCACUGUGUGGGGGUGGCCCCCGUUCCCAGUGUCAAGGCAUAGCUCAGGUCUUCUCCCCACGCAUCGGGGGCCUGUGGUUCUGGAGUCACUGCCAGUGUAAGCAAACGCCUCUCUUCCUUCAUCCCCCCCCCCCCCCCGCCCUCAACACAAUAAAAAUAUUUCGUGCCUCUGAUGAAUAACCGUUCAGAAGAAGUAGUUCAAAGGAAAUAAAAGCAAAGGAAAUUAUUAAUUCAAA